AUGGAGAGAGAACAGACGCUACUGAGAAAACCUGGACUGGUACAGUUUGAGAAGCUGCUGGAACCUUCAUGUGGACCCAGGAGGAGAGGGGAUGGAAAUUCAAGUGUGAAUCUCAUUAGCAGGGACAGAGCUAGUGAUGUAGACUCAGGAAGCAUCAGCAGAGACGAGGAAAGAACAUGGAGGAUGACCUUGUUUCAAGAGUCGAUGGAGGCACAGGAACCAACUGAGCACAGUGGGGCAAAGGGCGAGAAAAGAACCGGGAAAGCCUGGUGCCGAGGAAGAAAGAGGAGGGGAGGGCCUCCAGGCGCCACAGCAUUGACGAGACCAAGAUCAAGUCUGACCAAUACUUCUGAGACACCCCGCCCUGAAACCAGGCCAGGAGAGCAAAAGCCACACUGCAGAGCUGGAAGCCAGCAGACUGAAGAAGCGGAGUCCAGCCCAGAAGAGAGGGAGCAGGGAAUUAAUGGAACGGCCAUUGGAGACAUGAAGGUCUUAAUCAGCCAACUUCGAGCUUCUUCCUCCACUGAUUUCGCUGUUUUUUAUUUUGACGUGCUCGAAUACUUGGGUCUUAUCGCCUCAUUUCUGCAUUCACUCUCCUUCCUGACACUUGAGUUUGCCUAA